GAUAUGGGUGAACUGAGGGAUCAUCGUGAUUGGGGAAUGCAUGAGUUCUCUGGAGGGAAAGAUUGUCUCCUUGUAGUGCAGCUUUAUGCAAAGGUCGGCCUUCACCGCUACAAUGUUUUAGAGGGGACCAAUCUGCAGCUUCACGAAAUAGAGAAAUACAAUAGAGAGGGUACGUACAUGCCUGCCCGUUAUUAUAUAACUUUGCUUGCAGCAGAGGAGGAUCCAUCAGCUACACCCGCGUCCCUUGUUACUUUCCAGACUGAGCUUUACGAAAGAAAGUGCUGCACUCUGAAUCUCACUUGCCUUAUCGCCAGACUUAAAGGGACUAAGUCUACAGGAAAUAUGGGUCGUCAUUUCCGCGACGAUAGGGACUUGCCUGAGUGGCCUGAUGAUAAAUGUAGUAGUCGAUUUUUAUAUGAGGUGAUGGAAUCUGAGUGGGAAGAAAACGACUGGAUUGGUCUAUACUUGCAAGUUGCUAUCGUUACCACGGAUAG